ACCAUUACAAAAAUACUUCUUUAUGACAAAAUUAUUCAUUCUUUUACUUUAGAUUGUGCACAUAGACUGCAUACCUUGAACGCAGCCGUAAGAGACACCAAUUAAGCUCUUUCUUCCAUGGCGACGUCCAAGCUCCAGGCCCUUUGGAAUCACCCUGCUGGCCCUAAAACCAUUCAUUUCUGGGCACCAACCUUCAAGUGGGGCAUUAGCAUAGCAAAUAUUGCUGAUUUCUCCAAGCCACCUGAGAAACUUUCGUAUCCCCAGCAGAUAGCUGUUUCAGCUACCGGAAUUAUCUGGUCACGCUACAGCACUGUGAUUACACCUAAAAACUGGAAUCUUUUCAGUGUGAAUGUGGCCAUGGCAUGUACAGGACUCUACCAACUCUCAAGGAAACUUCAGCAUGAUUACUCAAAGGAGGAGCAAACAGAAGCACUAAAAGAAUGAUGACGAAAAUCAGUAACCUCUGGCCUUGCAUCAAAUGCCCUUUUUUAAUUAUUUCUCAUCUUGCAUUUUGUAAGUGAUUUAUGACACGGUCAGGUAUCAAUAAUAAUAAGCCUUUGGAGCUGUAAAAACUGCUCAAUGUCUUUCUAUGGGCUUGGUCUUCAAUGUGAUAGUGCAUAUUUCUCGAACAAUUCAAGAAAUGGCGAAUAAAGGUAGUGGCAUUGGUCCUUAGGUGUGUAACUAAGCUUAAUGCAAAAAUGUUGGAGCUAUUUGUCAAUCAAACAUGAUCGAGAGGGCAUGUUCAAACAGGAAUGGAUCAAAGGCACUCUAGUACAUAUUAAAGUUA